AUGAAGUCUUACAAUUUAGGCUGUUUAUACUUAUUUGACUUUUUUCCUUAUUAUCAGAUUUUAUGUUUGCAGGUGGGCAGCGUUCCUCGGUCGCCGCCUCCUGGUUCCGCAGGUACCGCCUCUAGUCCCGAUGAGGGAGGGGUUGGAAGCGAUCCAGAGGCGGAGUUACUGAUGGGCGAUGGGGGAGUAGGCGGAUCUAGUAAUGCCAGCGAACCAAAGGCUGGCAAAAAAGGCGUGGCCUCAAAGAUUGCCAGCCUUUUGAAGAAGCUGUGCAGCACCCACCAGUUUCGGAACGAACAGGUAAAACGCACAUGCCUGAUAAAGAUCCAGUAG